GUCAUAAACCACGGAUCUCGGAAACUGACGGAACCUACCGAAAACAAAUCCCUUUAAAAGGGUAAAAGAAAAGUGCUAUUUAAUUAUCUUUGAUGUCCCUUCAUCUUUACUAUCAAUAUAUUUAUGCUAUAAUUUAGUUAAUUUAUUAUGCAUUAGUUUAGCUUAACGAAGAAUACACUACCUGUCUAACCUCGGAUAUCGCUACAUCAAUUAUCUUCUAAGUCGCAUCACUUCGUUUCUUAGGAAAUCCGAUUAAAGUUACAGAUAAUGGCAAGGCCGAGAAAAUACAAGACUGAAGCAGAAAAACGAGAUGCCAGGCGACAGCGUGAACGAGUCAAAAGAGCUAAUGAAACACCUUUAGAGAGAGAUCAAAGACUGAUGAAAUUAUCUUUGAAUGAAUGGAAACGGCGACGAAGUGAAACAGUUGAACAGAGAAAUGAGAGACUUAAAAGGCUGUCCGUAAAUGCACGGAAGAGACGGGCUAAGGAAACGGCAGAAGAGAGAGCAAAUCGGCUUCGCAAACUGUCUGAGAGCGAAAUGAGGAGGCGUGCCAGAGAAACGUCUGAGGAAAGAAAGAAAAGACUUAAGAAACUCGCCGAAUAUGCAAAGAACAAGCGUACUUCGGAGCCAAAUUGUCAUAAUACACAAGUGGCUAAAAUGGCGCGAGGCCGAAAGCAGACUGCUAAUGGCAUUAAGAUCGCCCUGACCAACUGUUACGAUGACCAAGAAAGCCAUUACCUGGAGCAGAUGCAUCACGAUCCUGAAAAGUUUCAAGCUCUUGUUGAAAAAUCAGGACUUAAUUCCAUUCCCACUUCUCAACUUCGUUGUGUUGAAACAAGAAAAUUGCAAAAAGUCUCUGUUGGAAAUGGUGCAAAUUGGAAAAAGAAAACCAAAACAACAACCAGAGCACAGAGGAACCAAUUGAUCUCAGUCUACACUUCUAAUAAAGCAAACUCCAAAUUAUGCAAAACCAGAACUAAUGCAGUGUUCCAUUCUGUCUCCAGUGAAAUCUUACUUCAUCCACAAUCAGCUAUACCUCCUGUUCAGGAGAAACGCAUUUUAGUGGUUCCAAAUCAUCAAACAGCAGUGAUGUCCAAUCUAUUUUCCAUGUGGGAAGCAGGACGUUUGUGUGACUCAUACAUCAGUAAUGGUACUACAAAUAUAUUGGUCCAUAAAAUGGUUUUAGGAGCUGUGUGUCCAAAACUGCUGCCAGCUCUCCAUCAUUCGUUAAGAGGUUCAUUUCCCAAAGUGGUCUUUCCAAGUUCAGUCAGUAAAGAAGGACUUUUAGCAUUUGCAGAAUACAUGUACAGUGGUAUUUUAGAUCUGAAUGAAGAAAUUCUAAUCCAACUGAAGAUUAUUGCUGAAAAAUUAGAAAUGAAAGAUUUUGAAGAUCUUUGUUGUAAGGAAUUGAACAAAGCUAAGACAAAAGAUAUUUUAUCUGAUGUGGUGGAACCUUUAUUGGCAGAACCUUGUUCUUUGUCAGGACUAUUUCCUUCUAAAACACAAGGAGACACUAACGAGGUACAAAAUUCUAUGCUAAUGAAGUUAUUUAGAAAUAAUUACAACAAUAUUAACAUGCAAGCUGAUGCUGCUGUUACCAUUGCAUCAACAUCUACAUCCAAUACAACUUCUGGUUCUGAUGUAAGAUCUGCAGAAAAUAUGGUUACAGACCAGAUUGUCGAUAUCAAGACUGAAGUGGAACCAGAGACAGAGCCUGCCAUCAACCCAAAGACCCUACAGUUAAAAAUGGAACCCUGCAGUCAUGAAGACAAUCAAAGCAGUAUUGAAGAAUUUUCUGUGGAUAUUCAUACUUCCAGUUAUAAAAAUAAUGUUCGGUUAAAACCUGCUGCCAGUACCACUCAUGGAAAUAUCAAUAAAGACAAUGUUGUUAAUAUUGAUUCCAGUGAUAGCAUCAAUAUAUCUGAUACCUGUAGAUCUGAAGAGACUUGUUCACAGCAUUCAGAAGAUUGUGAUAAAGAUUCUGAUAAUCAAAAAGAACUGCAAUUAAUUUCAGUUACAUCUGCUACGGGAAAUAUAAAUGAAGACAGUCUCAGUGAUAAUUCUGAUGUGAUAAAGAUCUCCAGUUUGAUAUCUUCAAAUACAGAAUUACCUCAGCCAUCAAAUUCAGGACCAUAUCCCAUUAGUUUUAUUUCUGCACAUGACAGUAAAAAUACAAAUCUUCAAAAAGUAUGAAAAAUAUUUAUUUACCUUUUCCUAAUAUUAGGUUUGUAUAAAGGACUUAUAAGUAUUUUUAACUGCAAAUUACAAAUUUCCGUUUGUUAUUCAAAUCAAAUUUAUUAAAAAUGGAUUUAUUGUUGACAUAUUUAUUUUAUAUGUUGUGUAAUGUUAUUUUUGAAAUUACACUUUAUGCACUGUUACAUCUAUUUCUCAAUAAUAGCAUGAUUUGAGUAGAUUUUAAAUAAUUUUGUCAUCUCUGUGUGGUUGAUAUUAAAGCUUUUACAUUUGAAGGUCAGAUUUUCCUACCAUUCAUCAUUCAACCGUAAAAUGGAGACAUUCAAGUAAUAAAAUUUUAAAGGAUGCUUCAGAUGAAAUAUAAUGUAUAAUGCCAGCCAAAUUUCCCAUUAUUCGAAAUAAAUUUUCUUUGGCUAUUUAAGUCACUGGACUCUGGUGGUUCAUGCUGAGCGUAUCUUUCAAGGUUUAUAAUAAUCUAUAUUCAAUCAAGUACUUCAGUCUGAUAAUUAUUUUAUUGAUCAGCUAAGUUAGCUUUUGAUGUAAAAGGAUGCAACUUGAUGCAGUGUUUUACACCAGUAUUCACAGACAGACACAUGAGUGUAUGCAUAUAUAUAUAUAUAUAUAUAUAUAUAUAUAUAUAUAU